GUGUGUCAGUGUGGAAAAAAUACUUUCACUUUCACUUCAAGUCUCCAUUGAUUUCGUCGCUGCAUUCAGAACAAUAAAAAAAUAGGAGAGAAAAAAAAGAAACAACAUCGCUACAGAAAGGCCUCUCAGGGAAACAGAGGAAGACUUUAGGAAACCCAUGGCCAUGGCGUUUAAGUAUCCGGCUGCGAGAAGAGAUGAGAGCAAGGUCGAUGACUACCAUGGAACUAAGAUCUGCGAUCCCUACACUUGGCUGGAAGACCCUGACAGUCCGGAAACAGUAGCCUUUGUUGAGGAGCAGAACAAACUGACCAUGCCGUACCUGGAGCAGUGUGCUGUCCGGGCUCAGUUCCAUGAGCGGCUCACUGAGCUCUAUGACUAUCCCAAAUACAGCUGCCCUUACAAGAGAGGGAAGAGGUAUUUCUACUUUCACAACAAAGGUCUCCAGAAUCAAGAUGUGCUGUAUGUGCAGGACUCUCUGGAUGGAGCUGCCACCGUAUUCUUUGACCCGAAUGAGCUAUCUGAAGAUGGCACUGUGGCACUGAAGAUGGGCCGUCUGUCUGAGGAGUGUGAAUAUUUUGCAUAUGGUUUGAGCAGCAGUGGUUCCGACUGGGUAACAGUGCGUUUCAUGAAAGCUGAUGACCUCACCCCGCUGCCUGAUGUUCUGGAGAGGGUUAAAUUCAGCUGCUUGGCCUGGACUCACGAUGCCAAGGGCAUCUUUUAUAACUGCUACCCACGCCAGGAAGGCAAAACUGAUGGCACAGAGACCACCUGCAACAUCAAUCAGAAGCUCUACUACCACGUCAUCGGAACCAAACAGUCAGAAGAUAUUCUGGUUGCAGAGUUCCCCGAGCAUCCUAAGUGGCACAGUUCAGUAACUAUAUCAGAUGAUGGUAGAUAUGCUGUUUUGUCCAUCACUGAAGGCUGUGAGCCUGUCAACCAGCUGUGGUACUGUGACCUCCAGCAGCUCCCCGACGGUAUCACAGGCCUGCUGCCAUGGGUCAAACUUGUGGACAACUUUGAUGCCCAGUACUCGUAUGUCACCAAUGAGGAAACUGUGUUCACUUUCCGCUCAAACUUGGAUGCUCCUCGGUACUGUCUCAUCAACAUAGACAUCCAGAAACCAGACAGGCAGCACUGGACUACCCUCAUCCGACAGCACGACAAGGAUGUCCUGGGCUUUGUAUCUUGUGUGAACCAGCACCACCUGCUGGUAAACUACCUCCAUGACGUGAAGGAUAUCCUGCAAGUGUAUGAGUUGUCUACAGGCCAGCUGGUGAGGGACCUUCCCCUGGAUGUUGGCACAGUGUCCGGAGUGAGCUGCAAGAAGAAACACUCUGACGUUUUCUACAAGUUCUCCUCCUUCACUACACCUGGUAUCAUUUACCACUGUGAUUUGAGCAAGUUGAACCCAGAGCCCAGAGUGUUCAGGGAGGUGGAGGUAAAAGGCAUCAAGCAAGAGGACUAUCAGACCAGCCAGGUAUUUUAUCCCAGUAAAGAUGGAACCAAAAUCCCCAUGUUCCUAGUUCAUGCCAAAGGCCUAAAGAAGGAUGGGACUCAUCCUGUCUUCCUUUAUGGCUAUGGAGGUUUUGAGUCUUCCAUACAACCAUACUACAAUGUUGCUUACUUACUGUACGUGAGACACCUGGGAGGGAUCCUGGCAGUCGCCAACAUCAGAGGGGGUGGAGAGUACGGCCUCACCUGGCACAAAGCUGGUACAUUAGGGAACAAGCAGAAUUGCUUUGAUGACUUCCAGUGUGCAGCAGAGCAUCUGAUCCAAGAAAAGUACACCACAGCCAGCCGUAUCGCUAUCAACGGGGCCUCUAAUGGAGGGCUGCUAGUAGCGGCAUGCGUGAACCAGCGUCCAGACCUGUUUGGCUGUGCUGUGGCAGAGGUCGGGGUGAUGGAUAUGUUGAAGUUCCACAAAUUCACCAUCGGCCACGCGUGGACCACCGACUACGGCUGUUCUGACGAACCGGAGCAGUUCAAGUGGCUCAUCAAGUAUUCUCCUCUCCACAAUCUGCCUCAACCUCCUUACUCUGGCCCUCCCUACCCUGCCGUACUGCUUCUGACAGCAGAUCACGAUGAUCGCGUGGUGCCUCUCCACACCCUGAAGUACUGUGCUGCCUUGCAGCACGGAGUUGGCAGCAGCCCUGUGCAGCGUCAGCCUCUGAUGGUCAGGGUGGACACCCGUAGUGGGCACGGUGCAGGGAAACCCACCGCCAAGGCCAUCUUGGAGGACACGCACAUCUUUUCCUUCGUCGCUGAGACACUUGGGCUCAGCUGGAAGGAUUGAGGAGAUAAUGAUGGGAGUUUAAGCAUAUACACAAUGAUCAAGGCUUUUUAAGGGAUGAAUGACUUCUUAUUUUUAUUUUUAAGAAAACACAAUUUAUUGAAAGAAUAUAGUGGUCCAGCUAAAGUGACGAUGUAAAAAAAAAAAAAAAAAAAAAAAAAAAAGGG